AUGGCCGGUUUCCCCCGGCAGAAGGGGGGCAGGAGCCAGCAGGUGAUCCAGCCCCCUUACGGGCCCUCGGGCGAACCCGGCCUCCCAGGCAACCGGGGUCCCGAGGGCGGGCCCGGCAGCGUGGGCUACGGCGGCGCCCUCGGGGAAAAGGGCUUCAAGGGCCAGAGGGGAAGCGACGGCCAGAAGGGCAAGACGGGGCGGCCGGGCCAGGUGGGGCCGCUCGGGGCCAAGGGCUUCAAGGGCGCCCCGGGCAUGGCCGGCUUCCCCGGCAGGAAGGGAGGCAGGGGUGACGGAGGCCAGGCCGGGCUGGACGGCCGCCCGGGCCUCGUGGGCGAAAUCGGCCUCCCGGGGAUUUACGACCCGUUCGAUUCCACGAUUUAUAGGUCACAAAAUGCAGGUCACAAAACGCAGGUCACUUACUGCAACAGGUCAUUUGCCCCCAAAAUACAGGUCAUUUCAAACCAUGUAGGUCCUCUUACAGGUCAUUUAAGUGAUCAUUUUCACCUCAGACAGGUCACGCAGGUCAGGUCACUCCAUACAGGUCAGGCAGGUCAUUCUACCCCCAAAGCUAUUUAUCUAACAGGUCAUGUCACCCCAGACAGGUCUCUUACAGGUCUCGCAGGCCUGAUCGGCGCUCCAGGUCGUCGCGGCUUCAGGGGGGGACCUGGCAUCCCAGGUCGCAAGGGCAUACCUGGUGACCCGUCGUUUGGCAACAAGGGACUAGACGGACGACCUGGGAGACCUGGCAGCAACGGGGUCACGGGGGCCAUCGGCUUUCCAGGUCCUACAGGCCCCAAGGGAUUCCCCGGACGAGGCCGGCCUAUCCUUGGCCCUAAGGGUGCCAAGGGUAUCAUGGGCCCUGCUGGGGAGCCUGGCCUCAUGGGUGCCAAUGGGAGGGUCGCUUUCGACGGUGCCAAAGGCCAGAAGGGGGAUCGCUGCGUGCCCAAAGAACACCCCAAAGAACACCCCAAAGAACUGUUUCCCAAACCCCCAAAGAACGCUCACCAGCAACUGGCCCCGGGGGGAUUUCGGGCCCCGGGGGGACCCCGGGAAUCCCUGUUUGGGUGGUCUCCCGGGCCCCCCGGGGCCCAAAGGGACCCCCCGGCCGUGGGUUUGCCUGGUUUUCGGGGUAUUAAGGGCGAAACCGGGGGCUUAUGUGGAUCUCUGGGUACUCUGUUGGCUGUGUAUAUUUAUUCAGGUCAAAGGGUGCCCCCGGUUCGACACGACCUGGCCUCAAAGGGCGGGCGGGCUCAAAGGGUGAAUUCAAUGAGGUCAAAGGGUGAGAGUAAAAGGGUGGGGUCGAAGGUAAAGGUCAGAAGGGUCAAGGGUGAGAGGUCAGAUGAGGGCCCCAAGGGAGACCGCGGCGCCCCCGGCCUCAGAGGGAGAGACGGUCAGAUUAUAAGUAAAGACGGAUCGAAGUAUAUUCUCCUGGUUAAGGGAGAUCAGGGAGAUCAGGGUCCCCCCGGCUUCGUAGGGGACGUGGGUAUGCCAGGGGUCCCUGGGCCCCCGGGGGAGCGAGGACCUGACGGACCCCCAGGGCUGUCCAGUCCAGGGCGCCAGGGCCUGAAGGGCUACCCUGGCAGCCCUGGCGACAUGGGGCGCGUGGGGAGAAAAGGCGAACCCGGAUUUAAUGGAGAACCGGGACUGGAGGGUCUCCCAGGCAUCAAGGGCGAGCUAGGUGAGGACGGGCGUAGCGGAGACUCAGGGCGCAGAGGAGAUCAAGGUCGACCUGGAGCCAAGGGCGAGCCAGGGUUGCCAGGUCAGGAAGGUCAGCCAGGUCGCGCCGGCCUGCCAGGUCGCGCGGGAGAGGACGGACGACCUGGCACUACAGGUUUCCGAGGUUUAAAAGGAGAGGAGGGGCUGAUGGGGGUUCCAGGUCAGGCAGGUACGCCAGGUCGGCCAGGUAACUCAGGUCAGCUGGGUCGCAAGGGGCAGCCUGGUGACCUGGGGCGACCUGGUAAUCUCGGCUUCGACGGGAAUCCAGGUCCAAAGGGCCAGAAGGGCUUCCUCGGAAACCCCGGCUUGCGAGGCGCGCCGGGCGACAACGGGACCCACGCGGGACACGGCGAUGAGGGCUUCCAAGGGCUUCCCGGCGAGCCUGGCAUCCCCGGCGUGCCAGGCCCCCGGGGGCUGGUGGGGGCCCCGGGGGAGGAGGGCCAGGGGUACCAGGGCCCCCAGGGGCGCGUCGGCCUCGUCGGCGAGAGAGGAAAUCCCGGUCUGCCGGGGAUUAAUGGCAAGAAGGGCGAAAUGGGAGCCAUGGGUCUCCCAGGAACAGCUGGCAUCCGAGGCGACCCCGGGGAAGCGGGGCUUCCUGGACCCCACGGCGGGGAGCUCAUAGGACCCCAGGGACCCGACGGGAGAAUAGGACUCAAAGGACAGCCAGGAGAUGCUGGUCGCUUCGGCAUCGCAGGUCCCCCAGGCGACCCGGGCCCCCAGGGCACGAACGGCAGCCCCGGGCGCCAAGGGCUACCCGGGCCGACCAGGCGACAGGGGCCCCACAGGACCCACGGUGGGAGGGACCCCUGCGGAGGCAGGCGAGGCCGGGCGCCAGGGAAGCGCCGGAGAGAGGGGAUUCGACGGGCUGCCAGGACCCAGGGGGAUUAAG